AGCUUUUAAAUAUAAAUGCUCUUCGUUAAGAACCGCGUCAAAAUCUCGUCGUACUCGCGGAACAGGGAGAGAAAAGCAAGCAGGUGUCUGCAGCGGCAACUAGUGGAUCCCAAGCUGACCAAAGGCACCAUGUUAUCCGUGGACGACGCGUUGAAGGCCGUGCUUAGUGCCGCUCAGCGUCUAGAGCCUGUGACCGUAUCACUUCAAGACGCAUUGGGAUUGAUAGUAGCUGAGGAUAUCUAUGCACCUGACCCCUUGCCUCCCUACAGAGCAUCCGUCAAGGAUGGUUAUGCUGUAAUUGCAUCAGAUGGGCCUGGUGAAUAUCCUGUAAUUGCUGAAUUGAGGGCUGGGAGUGAUGCUGUUGGCUUCGUUGUUACUUCUGGAACUGUUGCUUAUGUGACAACUGGAGGACCUAUUCCUGAGGGUGCAGACUCUGUCGUCCAAGUUGAGGAUACUGAACUAGUUGCAGAUACAAGUUCUGUGGUAAAAAGGGUUAAUAUAUUAGUUGCAGCAAGCCAAGGCCAAGAUAUUCGCCCUGUGGGAUAUGAUAUUGAAAAGGAUGCUUUGGUUAUGCGGGCAGGUGAGCUGAUUGGCACUGCUGAAAUUGGUUUGCUUGCCACCUUGGGUGUGAUGGCAGUCAAGGUCUAUCCAAGACCAGUAGUUGGAGUUUUAUCUACUGGUGAUGAACUUGUGGAACCUGCAACUCGAAACCUUAACUGUGGCCAGAUCAGGGAUUCAAACCGUGCCAUGCUGCUGGCAGCUGCGAUGCAGCAGCAAUGUAAAGUGCUAGAUAUGGGUAUUGCUUGUGAUGAUUCAGAAGAUCUUGAGAAGAUUUUUGACACCAGUAUAUCUUCCAAAGUUGACAUAAUUUUGUCUUCUGGGGGUGUUUCAAUGGGGGAUAAGGAUUUGGUCAAGCCUCUGCUGGAGAAAAGAGGAAAGUUCUAUUUUGGCAAGGUGUUAAUGAAACCUGGGAAGCCAUUAACUUUUGUGGAAAUUACUGUUGAUUCAACAAUGGGAAGGUCACCAAAGAAGAUUCUUGCGUUUGGUUUACCUGGAAAUCCUGUGAGUUGCAUAGUUGGUUUCCAUCUUAUGGUUGUUCCAGCAAUUCGUUGUCUGGCUGGAUGGGCAAAUCCAAACCUUGAAAGAGUAUCAGCGCGUCUGGAAAAACCAAUUAGGACAGAUCCUGUCCGUCCAGAAUUUCAUCGUGCCAUUAUUAGGUGGCAGUCCAAUGAUGGGACUGGCCAUCCAGGUUUUGUUGCGGAAAGCACUGGUUUACAAACAAGUAGUCGUCUUUUAAGUAUGAAAGCUGCAAAUUGUUUACUAGAAUUGCCAGCAACAGGCACUACACUUCCUGCUGGAACAUGUGUUCAAGCUGUUGUAAUUGCGGAUAUAAGCAACUUCCAUGCAUGUGUGAUGCCAGAUCAUGCAUCUUCCUUAUGUAACAAGAAGAACAGGGUUGCCAGCAGUGUGGGAAGUGAACUAACAAUCGAACAAAUCCAAGAUGCAAAGGUCAAGGUUGCUGUUCUUACUGUGAGCGAUACAGUCGCAUCUGGGUCAGGUCCUGAUCGUAGAGAAACAUCAAUGGCUGUAUCUGUUAAUUGGAUGCACACAAUGAAAUGUUUGGAGUUGGAGCUUCAGACUUGGGAGCACACCAUGAAAUAUUGGUCUGGGACAAGUGUGGUGGCAGGCCGACUCUUGGGUGCUUCAGUCGGGCAGCCGUGACCUCCCACGCGAGCCCUCUUCGAACUUCUACAGGCUCCGCCGGCCGACCCACUACAGCAGCUCCCGCCGGCGCCGGCCGACCCACUACAGCAGCUCCCGCCGGCGCCGGCCGACCCACUACAGCAGCUCCCGCCGGCGCCGGCCAUUAUUUCAGACAACAUAUUUUGUAGCUCCCCAAACCCAUAAGUCCUCUUCUGCAGAAAGCCAGCAAGAUGAGUGAACACCAUGGCCCUUCUCAAAUAUUAGGCUGUUAUAUAUUGUGCAUCAUUAUAGAAUAUAUGUACCUCCUUUCGAACUUCCGUCAUGAGACAUAACAAUUCUUCAACAAAAUCACAUAAACCCUGUAUUUAAUUUCAUGGUAGUUAGUUAAGCAAUCAACAUAAGCUACACGUUUGUGAAUUACAAAACAGGGCUAGUUUGAUUUCAAUGGAAGAUGAGUUUACCUCAUCCUCUUGUUCGCUUGGAUCGUAAAGACCUGCGUUGUACCACCUCCUCUUCCAUCCAUCAGAUAGAAUGGCAAAAUCAUUGGCCUUGCAUUUACAUGGUGUCGUGAGUUAUUGGUACGACUGGUGGUCAGAGAAAUUGUGCCAAUUGAGACCUUCGUUUUUUUGUUUCUUUGUCAUGUCAAAAGAUAGAGUGGAGAAACUUGCUCUGUCUCUCUCAGCCAGAGAACACAGGGGGAAGGAAGCUGAUGUGAAGCUCCCUCCUUCUGGACUAGAGUCUCUUUUGGGCAGAGUUCAGAACCUUUCUCACUCUGUGUGUGUGUGUGUGUGUCUGUGUGCGUGGAAUGUGGACCCAGAAUUCAGAAAAUGUGUGCAUACAUUCCCUGAAUCCGUUGCAUUGACACAUCUUUGUUUGCUUUUGGAACUAUGUAAGCCAUACAUUAUCAGAUCACUUCAUUAAACCAAUUUCAAUUUUGUGAACGACUAUAGUUAUAACAGAGUCAUGGACCACUAAAUUCUUUUGCUUUUAUGCUGA